AUGAAGAAAUCCGAACAACCAAAGGCAUCGAAACGCGAAGAUGGAGUCGAUUUGAUAAGUGGUAUGCCGGAUCAUAUUCUUCUUCUGAUUCUUUCAGGUUUGCCAUUUAUUGAAGACGCAAUUCGAACCAGCAUUUUGUCCAGAAGAUGGAGGUAUUUGUGGACUUCAGUCUCCUGUGUAGACAUAUACUGUUAUCAAGGACGUAGGAAUCCAGGAAACUUCAAAAGAAGUAAAUUUAAAGAGUUUGUGUACUGGGUUUUAGUAAACAGGUCCGUUGAUUUAGAUAUUUUCCGUUUAUGUUGUUCGAAUUACUACGGUAUGUCUCUUAUAGGGCGGUGGAUUCACAUCGCCGUUAUGAAGAACGUCAAAGAGCUUGACUUGAUCUGUACUCCUAAGGAGGAGGAGGAUGUCGAGAUGCCCCAUUGUCUGGCGACUUGCGGUUCCUUGAAGGUAUUAAGGUUAAAUUUGGAUGGAUGUGGUCUGAUUUUGCCUAAUUUUAUGGGGUUUCCGGCACUUAGGGUUCUUGACUUGACCUGUGUUGACUUAUUGAAAGAUCGAGAUUUGGUAAAAGAUUUUCUCCAAAGCUGCUCAUCGCUUGAGGAGCUGAGUGUGGUAGAAUGCUCGAUAUGGAAACUUGAUCUUCUUUGUAUUUCAUGCCCAAACCUCAAGAAGCCGAGUAUCACUAACCUUGAGAAUGAGAGUUUGUGUAGUGGCGUUAAGAUCUGUUGCCCAAAACUGGUGUUUUUGGAUUUAAAAGGUCGAAUAGCUUAUAAUUUUUCCUUUGAAUGUUUGGAUUCCUUGAAGGAAGCUGAGUGCAUUGAUGCUGCUGCAUCUGAUCUGGCUUUACCUAAUCUGAAGACUUUGGUGCUAACCACAACUAUGGAUGCCUUCACCAUGGAUGACUUCAAUCGAAUUCUCAAAUAUUGUCCCAAACUGGAGUCUCUCAAGUUGACCAUUAAACAGGAAUUUGCUUGGACUGAAGAGUGGGAGUUGCAUAAAGGUGACACAAGAAGAAUCUUUACUAGUGAUCUAAAAAGGAUCGAGUUUUUUGAAUUCAAUGGAGAAAAGCCAAAAUUAGUUAUUGAUUGGGAAAAUACAACAUUGUUGGAAAUGGUUUUUAGUUGGGUUAACAACUAACAAAGCAAAGUAUUAGAGAUUAUGAAGGGAAUUAUCAAAGUGAUCAAUUUUUAGAAAGACUGAUAUUACAAG